UCAUCGUUAACUCUUCUCGUAUAUCAAAUAAACACAAUCAACAUGUCUGGACGUGGCAAAGGCGGCAAAGUUAAGGGAAAGGCGAAGUCCCGUUCGAACAGAGCUGGUCUUCAAUUUCCGGUCGGUCGUAUCCAUCGACUUUUGAGGAAAGGGAAUUAUGCUGAACGCGUCGGCGCUGGUGCUCCAGUUUAUUUGGCUGCAGUAAUGGAGUAUUUGGGUGCUGAAGUUUUGGAGUUGGCCGGUAACGCAGCACGUGACAACAAGAAGACGAGAAUUAUUCCUCGUCAUUUACAACUGGCCAUCCGUAAUGACGAAGAAUUGAAUAAGUUACUUUCCGGAGUAACGAUUGCUCAAGGUGGCGUUUUGCCGAACAUUCAGGCAGUUCUUUUGCCGAAAAAGACAGAAAAGAAAGCUUAAUCGCAAUUUGAAGAACCAAACGGCCCUUUUCA